ACUGCCCUUUGUAUCAUUACGGCUUCAUUAGAUCCAGCAAAAUGCCAUCGUCUUUCCGGCCCACAUCGGAUAUAAGCUCUGCUUAUCGCUGGACCGAUCAGUCUGAGUUCGGAUCCACAUCCAGUGAUCAGAUUGCUGCAUAGCAAAGAGUGCUCGAAUCUAUAUUCUGCGACAAUUACAGUAUGAUCUCUCUUCUGUCAGCCCUGCUUAUGCCUAUUCUGCUUUGCCAAGUCAGAUCAUUACCGAUUGGGAUGACAACUUCGGCAUCAGCUUCUGGCAAUGGACCUUGCUAUCGACCAGACAAUAAACCUGCAACCUGUGCACAUAUUCCAGAUCUUCAGUGCCACAACACUACCGUCAUCCAAGUUUGCAACUGGGCAACAAUGGAAGUCGUGGAAGUAAAAUGUGUCUACAAUCACUUUGCUAAGCGUUGUCAACCAUCCAGAAAAUGGGAUAUCUAUGUGUCCAGAACGCCCUGUGAGGUACACAAGGGGAGAACUACCUGUGAGCGAGCUAUCUCACCGGAAUCCCUUCAUUAUGCAUCCCAACGUAAUUGUCAGUGGAUAGAAGGAAAAUCUGAUGUACAAGGCAUGUGCAGAUCUCCUCUCCCGGCGUUUUUCUACCUCUUAACCAGAGAAGGCUCUAUAUUCAGAGUUGAUCCGUACCAGAAACAGUUACAAUAUGUUCGAGAAGAUGAGUCAGUAACUGCUAUUGCGUCUGAUGCUGACACAAUGACAGGCAUGUUCAUGACCAAACAGAUUGGACACUCUGAAUUCAAUCUAUUCUAUCUCAACAAUAUUGAAAAAGAUGCCACUGAGCCAAAGGAUCUUGGUGUCCAACUACCCGGACGCAUUGAUUCAAAUUCCGCACUAGGAGAAAACAUAGAUGGACGAAUUCUCACUGCCACUGGACAGCAAGUCUAUCUUUACAAUCCACACAAACCAAAGAAAGGAUUCACUAAUAUACAUAAUGACUGUUCUCUGCAUUUCACUGGUGAUCUUGCUGGCCAACCAGCCAAACAUUCCAACUCCACAAGCCAGGACAAGCACCUCUAUAUGAUUAGCCACGAUGGACAACUUGUACAAACUCCUCCUUGCAAAACCUACAAGCCAGUCAAAGACAUGCUACAUUCUCUUGGCUUCACGUGUAAUGGUGAGUUGUAUGUGGGGAGUAAGAACAAAAUCUACAGGAUUCGAAUUAAUGAACAAAAUCAGCCUGAUGGCGCAGAGGAGAUCAUUACUCUUGAAGCCCAUACUAUCAGAAGCUUUGCCUCACAACCUGGAUGCAACCUGUAUAAUUCCAGAAGACGCCGCUGAUACCUUUACAUUCGUUUCGUGCCCUUUUGUAGUAUGUAUGACUUGUGACCUUUAGUACAAGAUAGACUGUUUUAUGUGAUUUCAGAUAUGUUAAGUGGUGCCAUAGACUGAAAGUACCGAAUAUUUAUUAUAUUUAUCAUUGUUAUUUAUUAAAUAUCUAAAUGUAAGUCUUUCUAGUAUUUGUAAAUGGAAGUUGUGCCUAGAUUAGUUAAUACGAAAUAUAAUACACAUUCAAGUAUCCUA